AUGGAGAGUGAAGGAACCUCACCGCCCGCCUUUGGGCCUGCUGCCUUGGGCUUGCAUCCAGUUGGAACGAAAUUUCCUGUCAAAACAACGAACACACAGCCCAUGCAAGUACUGAACGCAAGAGGAAUGCCCGCACGAAUUCGAAAAAAGAAUCGUCUGUUUUUCGACGACGACAUCAUCAACGACAAAAUCCCAUCUGCAAAGCCAACUCCCAAGAAAACACCCGGAUCGGCCAAGAAACCGUUGAUCAACGCCAAAACACCACGAAGGGAGUUAUCUACUACGCCCCGAAAAGUGCUGCCCCGACUGUCGUUGAAAAAGAAAUAUUCUUCGCGGUAUGCACAUUUGAAGCAGAGCGGCCGAAAAAGGAAAAUUGAUCAAGACGAGAAGGUGCACGACAUUAUGAAGCUGAUGAAUACGAGCGGAUCGGCAGAUUACGACAGAAACCAACGGCUUGGGCAUAAGUUCCGCAACUUUAUCGUGCUUUCCAAAGCACAUCGGUUUUGUUACUAUGAAUUUUUCUACAGUGACAUUGACCGAAACCUGUUCGAAGGACCGAGCGAGUUCGAUCAUUUGGUGCAAUUGCAUUAUCCACAGUUGAAAACGAAUAAUCUCACCCGUGCGGAAUGGCGUAAAAUUCGAGCAUCUUUCGGUAAACCGAGACUGUUUUCACCCGCAUUCAUUAUGGAGGAACGGUUAGAGCUAGCUCGCAAAAGGGAGAAAAUAAGAAUACUACAGUCGAACAGCCUGGGCGACAUCUCUUUCAUCGAAGGUUUACCUCAAAGCAUCUCGAAGCUAAUUUCGCCAGGAACGAAGGUAACGGCCAAACUGAGGUCACCCUUGGAUGGAAUGUACAACGGUACGGUAGAGGGGUACGUUUGCGAAGCGCGAAGUUACAGAAUUAGCUUCGAUCGUCCUGGUUUAGGAUCGCGCUUAGUUCCCGAUUAUGAAGUGUUUUCAAUGGAAAAGUCCGAUAUAAUUAAGCUGAAUAGCAUCACGAAGGAUUAUCGGGUAGCUUAUCAAAAUGCUUCGUUUUAUCUCGCAUCCCCCAAAACAAAACCCAGUGCUGGAGGGGAUCCGCUACUGGGCAGCGACAUAGGACAAAAGCUGAACACCAGCGGCAGGAAAGUGUUUUUCCCGAAAGAAAACAUUGGAGGAUAUCCGGUGAAGUAUCUCGAGCUGAUCGUACGCACGAAGAAGACUCUUUCUGCCAAGCAAAUGAAAUUGCUACGCUUGCAGAACAUAACCUCGGAAGCGCAAAUCUACAAAUCGUACGACAAUCCCCUGCCAGAGGAGUUCAGGAAACGAUACGCAAUGCUGAUAGUAGCGAUCGAUAAGCUGAACCGUGAUCUUGCCGAUCAAUUGAAUCAGUUGCGUGAAUAUGUAGGAAGCUUAACGAACGAUCGGGAAAUGUUGGCGAUGAUCACACCAAGUCACUAUCGUGAGCAGUCCCGUGAAAAAGCGGCUCAGAUCUUCGAGAAAAAUAACAAGAGCUACAUUAAGAACGAACAUAUUACAAAUCUGAUAAAACAUCUUACCACGAUUAUGUACCUCGCAUCGAAUGUGAGUAAGAACGAAAAAGAUGAGCUCAGUAUAAUGGCACUAAAGGGCGCGAUUGUAGAAACGAGGGAAUUAUUGGAACCGGGAAAUGUGGCUGCGUUCAAUCGUAACGUUGCUCAUCCCAUGAGCUACAUAGAUUGUCAUCCGAGUUCAUCUAAAUCAUUAAAAACGGAGUAA